AUGUCAUACUGCCUGGGACGGGUUGUCUCUAAAUCCUGGCGAUCAAUCCAGGGUUGUCGCCAACUUCCCCGUCCGCCUCGAUCGCUUCCCCAGAGGCUUCCAUCUCGGAGCUUUCUUUCACGACCGCAUAGCUUCCCCGAGCUCAGCUUCGACUCUCUGCCAUUCAAACAACAACGCUUAUUCUCCUCAACGACCCCGUCGCAUACAAUCCCGUCCCUCCGUGCCGAGGAAUUCCUUCCUGUUUGCUGUCCUGGAUGCGGAGCCUAUUCGCAAACCCUCGAUCCUGAAGAAGCUGGAUACUACGGUGAAGCUAGAAAGCAGACGCGGAAAUUCCUCUCGGAGGCAAGAAAAGAGACCCAGUCCACGUCGGAGAGCGCACCCAAACCAGAGCAUGAUGUCCUUUUCGAACCCGGGUUCGCGCCCCAGAGCGAAGAUUCAGAACAGUUACCUACAUUCACACAUGUCUGCGAUAGAUGCCACGACCUGUUACACCACAACAAGGCAAUUCCCGCCGUCUCACCGACGAUUUAUUCUAUCCGAGCACUCCUCGACGAAUCCCCGCAUAAACAUAACCGCAUUUACCACGUCAUAGACGCUGCGGAUUUCCCGAUGUCUCUGGUCGAUAAUAUCUACGAAGCUCUUUCCCUGCAGGACCAGCGCUCGCGAAACCGACGCGCAGGUUUGUAUCAAUACAAAGGGGGGAGAAAAUUGCCAACUAUUUCCUUCAUCAUCACGCGAUCCGACUUGCUCGCGCCGACCAAGGAGCAGGUGGACUCGAAAAUGGACUACGUGCGCUCUAUUCUCCGCGACGCUCUGAAGUCACAGAGUGGGGACUAUCGUCUGGGCAAUGUCCAUAUGAUUAGCGCACACCGCGGUUGGUGGACUAAGACGGUCAAGGAGGAGAUCAGCGAGCAUGGAGGCGGUAUUUGGGUGGUUGGGAAAGCCAAUGUUGGAAAAAGCAGUUUCAUAGAGGCUUGCUUCCCCAAGGAUUCGAAGACUUUGGAAAAAUUCGCGGAGCUGGUUGAACGUCGCCGAGAGGAGGAGAUGCUUAUCUCCAAACCGAUUCAAACAUCGACGCCGGAUUCCGACGGUCUCCUGCCUCCAGCCCCUCGGGAGGAACAGUACCCUAUCCUUCCAGUUGUAUCGUCACUCCCUGGUACUACCGUUUCACCCAUUCGUAUCCCGUUUGGUCGUGGCAGAGGGGAGAUGAUUGAUCUCCCUGGGCUAGAGCGCACUGAAAUAGCCAACCAUGUCGUGGACUCGCACAAGCGUGACUUGAUAAUGACCAAGCGGAUCAAACCUGAGCGUCACAGUAUUAAGACGGGCCAGUCGUUGCUUCUCGGGGGCGGACUUGUUAGAAUCACCGCGGUGAACCCUGACCAUGUGGUGAUGGCCGCCUGUUUCCUUCCGAUUGAAGCCCAUAUCACCAAGACCGAAAAAGCGAUCGAGAUGCAAGCGCAACAGCGCCAAUAUCCCGGUGACAACAUCGUGAAGGAAGGCAGUGGAGACACCAUUGCAUCUGCCGGUGUGUUCGACCUGAAAUGGGACGUGACUCAAUCGCAUCUGCCGAUCUCGAUAGCCAAAGCGAUGCAAGACAAAGGAAUUCAGCCUCCCCGCUUGCCUUAUAGAGUGAUGUCAACUGACAUCCUAAUCGAGGGAUGUGGGUGGGUCGAGCUCACAGUCCAGGUACGAGCUAAUGCCGAUGGCAACGAGUCUCCAAGGUCCUCGCCGCAAGUCGAGGUCUUCAGUCCCAACGGCCAACACAUCGGUUCGCGGAAGCCAAUCGAAUGCUGGCGUUUCACCGCAGAGAAGAAUUCAUCUGACAGGCGCAAAAGAGCAUCGCGGGGUCGACAGAGCAUUGGCCAGAAGAAGCGCGCUCGUUCUUCGUCGUGA